CUCGUGCUCCUUGCACUUCUCUCUCGCGCGCUCCCUCUCUCUCUCUACUGCUGCCGCUCCUCCUCCUCCCCGCGCGCGUGUUCCGCUCCACGCCACAGGCAGAGGUCGAACACGAGCGCACAGUCGGCAUGGUGUCACAAGUUUCGCAGCUCUCCCUCCGGGGCAAACUCGAUAACAUGCUCACCUGGGUGACCAUGCGGCCGUGCAGCGAGGCGGGCCCCGAGCCGCCGACGAUGGUGCCAACGCGGCCCAAGGACAUCUUCAGCAUCGUGGUGACGCCGGAUCGCAUCCCUCGGUUCACCAUCCCCACGCUGGACACGUGCCACUCACCGUUCCUCAACACCCGCUGGAGAGAUGCGCUGAAGCAGCAGCAGCAGCUGCAGCCGGAGGACGAUGGACAACUGGACUGCGAGUCCUGCACUCAGAAACAACAGCAGCAGCAGCAAGGAGAGAGGAGCAGUCCCGAACCGGUGGCCUUUGUGAGCGUGGACCCCGCGAGGAAAGCUCUCAACAUCCUCGACUCGGCUUUGUAUCGGGAGAGAUUGUCCAAGCGAAGCUCCACGGCCACCUGCAGCUCUUACGAGAGCUACUCGGAGAAGCAGAGCGCGAAUGACCCUCACCCUGACCCCGCGACCAGAGCGGCGAUGUCUCUGCCUCACUUGGCCAAAAUCACCACGCCGUACGGAUUCCCGGCGCUGGGCGAGAGUCCGAACAUCCGUCGCAAAGAGUCGCUCUUCUUCGAGGACGGGAGGCCCUUCCUGCCCUUAUCUUCGCUCGUAGGGCGCAGGAAACCGGGCGCACUGCUCUGCAGGAGCCGCUCCACACCCAUCGACACUCGUCAACUCCAGAAGCACCUCGGCUCCACGUGCCUCCAGGUGGAGGAGGAGGAGGCCGCCCAGCCCGUCAAGAGAGACUCUGCGGACGCGGACUGCGAAGUCCCCAAAACGCAAAAGAGUAAAUUCCGAGCAGUCAUCCGCAAACACCUCGGCAACAUCAGGCUCAUGAAGGCAAGCUGUCAACUGCCCUGCAACUCUGACAAAACCAUCGCGCCUGUGGAGAGAGCGCCCAGCCUCCAGCACUUGCGGCAGUGACGCGAUAAAUGGGUUAUAUACAAUCUCGAUGUGAAGUUUAUAUCCAGAGCGACUAAACAUUUUUUUUUGGCCAGAAGCGAUUUGAACUGUCACUGGUUAUUUACUACUUAAAUGCGAUGCGGUGAACUUUACAGCCUGUGAAUAUUUCUUUAUGGACUCACUACAUCUUGAUAUGUAUAUAUUUUUUUAAAACACAUUCAAACAUAUGUUGUUGAAUGUUUUACAUGUUUACUCCCGAACGCUGUUUUUUGUUGAAGACGAACAAUGUAAAAAUGUACAUUACUUUGUGUACGAACGCUGCCCUCUGUGUUGCGUUCAUUUGUAUGCCUAUUCCGUCAAAAUACGCAAUUACAUUCCAUGUCACAGAAUAAAAAAAUAAAACGUACACUAUACUCA